CCCUCAGCUCUCCGCCCGGGCUUUCCCAAAGGCGAGAUCCCACUUCCUUCCCCGCAAGUGUCGCCGGUGUCCCUGGCCCCGUCCCCUCCCUGGGAGAGUCGGAGUUGAGGGAGCGGAAGGAAAAUCCUCCUCGGACAAGAUUCCGGAAUGACUACCAUCUUGACUUACCCUUUUAAAAAACUUCCCACUACAUCAAAAUGGGCCCUCAGAUUUGCCAUAAGACCUCUGAGCUGUUCCUCCCAGCUACGAGCUGCCCCAGCUGUCCAGACCAAAACGAAGAAGACGUUAGCCAAACCCAAUAUAAGGAAUGUUGUGGUGGUGGAUGGUGUUCGCACUCCAUUUUUGCUGUCCGGCACUUCAUAUAAAGACCUGAUGCCACAUGAUUUGGCUAGAGCAGCACUUACGGGUUUGUUGCAUCGGACCAGUGUCCCUAAGGAAGUAGUUGAUUAUAUCAUCUUUGGCACAGUUAUUCAGGAAGUAAAAACAAGCAAUGUGGCUAGAGAGGCUGCCCUUGGAGCUGGCUUCUCUGACAAGACUCCUGCUCACACUGUCACCAUGGCUUGUAUCUCUGCCAACCAAGCCAUGACCACAGGCGUUGGCUUGAUUGCUUCUGGCCAGUGUGAUGUGAUCGUGGCAGGUGGUGUUGAGUUGAUGUCCGAUAUCCCUAUUCGUCACUCAAGGAAAAUGAGAAAACUGAUGCUUGAUCUCAAUAAGGCCAAAUCUAUGGGCCAGCGACUGUCUUUAAUCUCUAAAUUCCGAUUGAAUUUCCUAGCACCUGAGCUUCCUGCGGUUGCUGAGUUCUCCACCAGUGAGACCAUGGGCCACUCUGCAGACCGACUGGCCGCCGCCUUUGCUGUUUCUCGGCUGGAACAGGAUGAAUACGCACUGCGCUCUCACAGUCUGGCCAAGAAGGCACAGGAUGAGGGACUCCUUUCUGAUGUCGUACCCUUCAGAGUACCAGGAAAAGAUACAGUUACCAAAGAUAAUGGCAUUCGUCCUUCCUCACUGGAGCAGAUGGCCAAACUAAAACCUGCAUUCAUCAAGCCCUAUGGCACAGUGACAGCUGCAAAUUCUUCUUUCUUGACUGAUGGCGCAUCUGCAAUGUUGAUUAUGGCAGAGGAAAAGGCUUUGGCCAUGGGUUAUAAGCCGAAGGCAUAUUUGAGGGAUUUUAUGUAUGUGUCUCAGGAUCCAAAAGAUCAACUGUUACUCGGGCCAACAUAUGCUACUCCAAAAGUUCUAGAAAAGGCAGGAUUAACCAUGAAUGAUAUUGAUGCUUUUGAAUUUCAUGAAGCUUUCUCGGGUCAGAUUUUGGCAAAUUUUAAAGCCAUGGAUUCUGAUUGGUUUGCAGAAAACUACAUGGGUAGAAAAACCAAGGUUGGAUUGCCUCCUUUGGAGAAGUUUAAUAACUGGGGUGGAUCUCUGUCCCUGGGACACCCAUUUGGAGCCACCGGCUGCAGGUUGGUCAUGGCAGCUGCCAACAGAUUACGGAAAGAAGGAGGCCAGUAUGGCUUAGUGGCUGCCUGCGCAGCUGGAGGGCAGGGCCAUGCUAUGAUAGUGGAAGCUUAUCCAAAAUAAUAGAUCCAGAAGAAGUGACCUGAAGUUUCUGUGCAACACUCACACUAGGCAAUGCCAUUUCAAUGCAUUACUAAAUGACAUUUAUAGUUCCUAGCUCCUCUUAGGAAAACAAUUCUUGUGGCCUUCUGUUAAAUACUUUGCACUUAAGCCUUGCCAGUGUUCUGAGCUUUUCAAUAAUCAGUUUACUGCUCUUUCAGGGAUUUCUAAGCCACCAGAAUCUCACACACAGAUAUGUGGGGGGUUGUUUUUGGUCUCUGUUGUCACUAAAGACUAAAUGAGUGUUUGCAGUUGGGAAAGAGGUCAGCUGAGAUUUGGAAGUCAUCUUUGUAAUAUUUGCAAAUUAUACUUGUUCUUAUUUGUGUCCUAAAGAUAAGUGUUCUCUAUAAAAUACAAACCAAUGUGCCUAAUUGUGGAAAAAUAAUUCAGAAUCUAAACACCACUGAAAACUUAUAAAAAAUGUUUAGAUACAUAAAUAUGGUGGUCAACUUAAUAAAGUGGAGAAA